AGAACAGCAGAAGGCGAGCAGGAGGAGACGCCCUGUGCCUGCUGGUAUAUAAGGCACAACUCACCAACCCAACGCACAGUCGAUCUCCAGACAGUCAGAUCUAAACAUGAACUCAAAGGUCCUCUUCUUCCUGGCGGGCGUGGCCGUGGCCCUCGCUGCCCCUGACCGCCGCCCAUCAACCAGCUACGGCGUCCCCAGGGACUCUGACUCUUUCGAACACUUCCGUCCCUCAUCCGGCUCCUUCGAGCACUCUAACUCCUUCGAACACUUCCGCCCCUCAUCCUCCUCCCACUCCUUCGAGUCCUACGAGUCCGACGAGUUCACCAGGCCCAACUACGAGUUCCAGUGGGCUGUCAGGGACUCCUCCAGCGGCAACGACUUCGACCACAAGGAAGGCCGUGACGGCGAGGACACCCAGGGCGCGUACUCCGUGCACCUCCCUGACGGCCGCCGCCAGACCGUCACUUACGUUGUGGACGGUGACGACGGCUACGUGGCCGACGUCAAGUACGACGGCGUGGCUCGCUACCCCGACUCCCACUCCCGCGAGUCCUUCGAGUCCCGCUCCUUCGAGUCAGGCUCCUUCGAGUCCUACGCUCCCCCAAGGAGGACUUACUUCGCCCCUGGCUCCAACGAGUCCAAGUAAACAGCGAAGGAAGCUCAACUCCCGCCAUGGCCUCGACACAAGUCUCUUCCCGCCUCUCGCACUCCCUCUUUCCUCACCUCAGUAAGUCUGUUCAGACUCUGAGUAUCUUCACUAAAUUAUUGUACCCAGUAUUAAUUAUUUAUUCCAUUAAAAUAUUCUGAGAA